AUGGGAAUCACUCUGCAUCCUUACACUCGCAAUGCGGCUACCCGGUAUCACGGAGAAUCAUGCAAGAAAGAAGCUGACGAGUCUCUCACUCCAUUGAAUAACCCUUCGGAUGAUUGGCCUUCGCUUGUGAAAGUGACCGGUCUGUCUGAAUCUGAAGGCACAACUACGGGCCAAUGCGAGCUAAGAUCUCCCGAGCGCAGGGUCAUCUUGAAGCUCUAUAAUCUCAGACCAUUCAAUCCCAGGAUCACUCGUGCACUACAGGCAGAGGUUGAGCGCUCUCUGUUAUCCAAUAAUUCGACCCCUCCAACAGUGUCAUGGCCCUACCUGGCGGUGGAUGAGAUUGUCAUUACCUCGACAGAGGUCGAGAAUGCUCCAAUGGAGCUACAAUUUAGAGCCUUGAUAGGUCGCCCGCCCGCCCUCAACACGAAGGGGAAAAAAUGGGUUGCCUUCACGGCCGAUGAUCUUGCUGAGUGCUGCCGCUUCGCCUUUCAGUGA